GACAUUUUCUGCUUGUUUGAUUCAAGAUUUUUAGAGUUAUAUACAUUAAUUUACCAAGGAGUCCCCCUUACCCAUAUGGUGUUGUCCCAAGAUGGCGGAGAAAAGGAAGCCUGCCUCCGCUGACGAGAAGAUGCCUGAGUCAAACCGUGAUUUUCUCGAAAAAUCAGCGGUUCGAAGCCUACUGAGAGGUGCCAUAUCCAAGCUGAUAGAAAACCGCCCAGAAGACCCGAUAGCAUUCCUGGCAGAGUAUUUUGACUCAGCGGACAACAAGCCGGGAAGUAACAAAGUUGCCAAGGCACACCAGGAGCUGCUGCUCACCCACCACAGUCGGCCGGCCUUCGAGUCCAACAUGAUGCUGGCCUACCAAAUCCUUAGUGCACCUAAAAAUGCAAAAAGCAAAGCUGGUCUGAAGGGUGAUCUAUUUACAGAGCUGCUGACAAAGAUACUCAGGGAGGUGCCUGGAGAGGUCUCAGAAGUUCUGCUGAAGAAACUUCUCUGCUAUGAAAAUGAGGUCAUCCCAUAUGACAUCUUCCACUCCGGGGUCAUGACCUGCUUCAUUUUCUUAGACUUCUAUGCAGAGGCAGAUGGGUUGUUUACUGUUCUUGACACUUCACGCAAAAAGGAAGUUGACAAGGAGCUGUGUGAUGUGGUGUUGAACCAGCUGAAUGCUGCCAUGACUGCAACUAAGGAUGAUCCAAAAAGUAUUCUGGAGGGAGCUUCCAAACUCAGACCGGAUGCUCUGGCUAUUGCCCUGGAUAAUGCUUUUGACAGUGUGGUUUAUGAUGAAAGCAUGGCCAGGGAUGAAUUUGUCAUGACUGCUGUAAUCAUGUUUAUUGCAAAGGUGAAGCCACUGAGAUAGUUUGUCUGACAGACUAUAAUUGCACGAGGGACCAUUGACUAUCUGUGUCUGCAAACCUAGAAUGGGUGCUGUAUUGCUAAAUUAGCCAUUAUGAUGUCUGCCUGCCUUACUUCUCUCUUUUACACCAUGUACCUUUAUUUUGGAAGAUACAAGCUCUUUUAAGUGCUUCGGAAGCAAAGCUGCAAGCAAUAUCACAGCAGGCAUCAUCUCUAAAGAUUUGGAAAGGCAACAUGUUAUUUAUUUAAGAAUAUCAUAUCAGUAAACAUUUACUGAAGAACUGCCCAAGGCUAUGGAGGAUAGGGAAGGAUGGAGGAAGAGAAUCAUGGCCAUCCGUGCAACCAGCACGCCUGGAUGAUGAUGAAACAUUUACGGGAUCUACAUUUCUAUCUACAAAGGAAUCAUGCUUUGAUUUCAGAGGAACAACAAAAAGAUUUCGAGACAAAGGGAGUUAACUAGUAGUUUGAAUUCCUGUAACUCUUCUCCUGACCCUAGGCAAGAAUUUUUGGUCCUUACUGAAACAAUGGUAUAUUUUGUACUUGCACAAUGGUUAAUACAUUAUAAAAGACUGUUUGUACAAAUGUAAAUAUCUUAUUUCUGCAGUGUGUUUGUAUUAUAUACAUUUGGUGCAAUCUGAUACAUGUUAGAUGAAAUACAUACUACCAUAUAUGGUUAAUUAAAAUCUGUGGAUAGAAGUGGUAGGCCUGCACAUGCAUUUGAAAUUGUAUUAAAGUUUGUUGUGAGAACUUGUUGCUUAAUGCUAGUAAAUUUGUACAUUUUGCUGUGUCAUGAGAUCUAUCAUGGAGCUUUACAUCAGCUGAUUAAAGCAUCUUAAGUCUAUUAAACACUAUUUUUGUAAAAAC